AUGGCUACUCGCGAUGAACAUGGUCUUUUUCUGUCACAAGCCUCUUAUACUCGUGAUAUCCUUCAACGAGCUGUUAUGGCCUCUUGUAAACCAUGUGCUACACCAGUGGAUAUGUCCACCAAACUUAGUGCUAUUGAUGGUGAACCUCUUGCUGAUGGCACUCUCUACCGCACUCUUGUCAGUGCCCUCCAGUAUCUAACUUUUACUCGACCAGACAUUGCAUAUGAUGUUCGAAAAGUUUUCCUCUUCAUGCAUGCCCCAUGUGAGCCACAUUUGCAGUUCAUGAAGAAGAUUUUUCAUUAUUUACAGGGUACGAUUGACUAUGGUCUACAGAUAGUUCAAUCUUCGUCCAACACACCAACUGCCUACUCCGAUGCUGACUGGGGCAGAUGUCCCGACUCGCGGAGAUCUACUUCUCGAUACUACGUAUUUCUUGGCAAUAAUCUUAUUUCCUAG